UUAUCUAGACAUGGCUCCAAAUGAUAGGAGGAAACAGAAAACUUCAUCUAAAGAAGAGUCUGCUUCUGUUGAACCAUCGCAAAAUCUUCCUGAAAAGCUACUCGAGUUUCUCAAAAAGCAACCAACACCUUCAAAACUAGUUGAAUCCAUAGGUACUGCUGGUAUUCCUAAAUCAUGGAGAUGUGUGUCGAGAAAAUGUGAUUCCACUGCACAAUCACCAUGGCUUGAGCUUUCAUAUGAACCUCAAUACUAUUGCAAAACUCAGCAGCACACCUUCAACUUCUCAUUUGAAGAAGCUGGUUGCUAUUGGUGGCAUGGUAAAAGAAGGCCGCGUUAUGAUCCUUGGAAGCAUUUUCACUACUACUCACCUUGGUCGAUUGUCAGAGGAGAAAAGGUAGCUAUUGAUUAUUGCUUUCUGAGUAGUUCCAGAGCCCAUGGUUGUUGGGCUUCUUACUCGUCUGAUCAUAGAAAAACAUUUUUAUUUCCAAGGAAUGGCCAUUGUUGUUUUCCAGAUUUUGUAGUUUAUCAGUGGGGAAAAAACCAAAAAUGGAUGAAACAAGAAAGCAGUCAAAAUGGUCUUAUUGAUCCGAAUGAUCCUAAGGGGCAACUAAUACAAUUCACCAAUGCCAUUAUCUUCCAAGGGAAGUUUUAUGCGCUAAGUUUGCAAGGAACCCUGGCUGUAAUAGAAGAAGUUGAAAAUCAGUUUCAAGUCACGCGACUUAGUAGAAGGCAAGCCAUUCCUUCAAACUACUCAAGACAUCUCAUAGAGUAUUUGGUUGAAUCUAAUGGAGAGAUAUUGCUCAUUUUCCUGAUCUCAGAAAGAUCAAACAGGGUGGUGGACAAAGUGGAAGUGUUCAAACUGAAGAUUGAAGAUUUAUCAUUGUUAAGAUUGAGAAGUCUUGGAGAUAGAACGUUAUUCGCGGGGAUUAAAUGUGGUAUAUCAGUGCCUGCAAGUCAAGUUGGCUGCAGAAACAACUGUGUGUAUUUUACUCAUCGUUACAUUGAUGGCUGGAGACUGUAUGAUAUGGGAAGUGGCUGCAUUUCCCCGUGUUAUGAUAAUGCUGGUUCUGAGAUUAAAGAUCCAGUCUGGGAGGAUCCAAGAAUUGAAAAAAAAACAUCACGACGAUGAAACACAUGUUUAUGAUUCAGUAUUUCUUCUAUGUUGUAUUAUUAUUCUGACAUGUUAGUAACCUUGUUACAGUGUGAAAUAAAAGGAAUUCUUGUACA